CCUCUCCUAUCCAGCAGGUGAGUUGAUUGUUGAAUCAAGUUGGUUAUAAUUUGUUGAAUUAUAUUGUUUUUUAAUUAAAAAAAAUAUUAUAUAAAAUGGCACAAGGAAAAAUAAAAGCAAAUAAAACAAAACUUCCUUCAUGUCAAAAAACUAAAAAAGGAAAAGGAAAUAAAGGCAUUCAACAACGAAAAAAUGCACCAAUACAACCUAAAAAAACAAAAUUAAUUGAAACAAAUCAAUUAAAAAAAUUAAUGUCCAAAAAAUUAAAUGAAGCAAUGGAAGAUGAACUUCGUGAACAUGCUUUGGAAGGAAAACAAUCAUUGACUAAAAAAAGGGAUCCAAAUGAGCCAAAAGUUAAAAAAUCAGAUAAGAAAAAAUAAGAAAUACAAUAAUUAUUGU